AUGUUCGCACGCAUACCACUCCUUUUGUGCAUGUCCACGGCAGCACUAGCCAACAUAGACCUCGACGCCCCCGGCGCAUACUCGGCCCCUCCACCGGGCGGAUAUCAGCAAGCCGGUGCAGCGCCAUAUGGCUAUGGCCAGAAACCGACCGCGACCUUGACCAUCACCCAGACUCUUCUGCCCAACCCGGCUGCCACUCCCUUUCCCCCUACCCAGAACACCACCAGUCCCGUCGGCAUCGGCUCGUGCAAGAAUGUGCAGGCUGAGGCCGUGAAGGAGGCCUUCCUGCACGGUUUCAAUGCCUUUAUGAAAUAUGCCAAUGGUUACGACGAAGUGAGACCGCUAAAUCUGAACGGAACGAACAACAGAUAUGGCUGGGGCCUGACGAUCGUGGACUCCAUCGACACUGCAAUCAUCAUGGGCCUGACCGACCUGGUCACGCAAAUGCUCGACUUCAUCGCCAAAGUCGACUUCACCACCACCCAAUUCCUGAAUGGAGACGACGGCGUGCAGCUGUUCGAGACUAACAUUCGAUACAUUGGCGGACUUCUCGGCGCCUAUGAUUUGCUCAAAACCGGUCAAUUCGGCAGCUAUGACGAGCAGAAAGUCGAUACUCUCCUCAAGCAAGCCGUUCUACUGGCCGAUAAAGUCGCAUAUGGCUUCAACACUCCCUCGGGGAUACCAGCUGUCUUUGUCAACUUUACCACUAACGAGCCCAUCAAGGGGACAUAUACAGACCCCAAGACGAACACAACGUACAACUCCACAAACGCUGCGUCCAUAGGCACAUUUCUCCUCGAAUGGGGUCGACUAUCAGACCUGACGGGCAACGCGACAUACCGUGAACUUGUAGAAAAGGCCGACAACCAUCUGGUCGAGCCCUCACCUGCGCCAGUCCUCCCUGCGCUGAUCGGUAGCCAAUUCGACGUGGAUACUGGCAAGAUGCUCACCAAAAAUGGGGGAUGGGUAGGAGGAAUCGACAGUUUUCUGGAAUAUCUCAUCAAGUACUGGCAAUACUCGCCUUCAGACGUGGCGACAUCGUACAAAGACUUUUGGCUUACGGCGACCCAAAGCACAAUCGAUCAUCUUGUCGUCACCCCUCGAGGCUACACUCCGGACGAAUUGUCAUUCGUCUCUCGCAUGAAUCGCAACGGCACAGUCGACAACCUUGCCGACGACUUCUCGUGCUUCGCGGGUGGCAAUUGGCUUUUGGGUGGUGCACUUCUCGGGGACGAAAGCAUCACGAAGCUCGGGUUGGACUGGACCAAAGGCUGCUACCAUCUCUACCAGACGACAACAACCGGUCUUGGCCCUCUUGCCUGGGCGUGGUUCAACUCUUCCGGCCAGACAUUCGAUAAGCAGAGUGAAAACGAUGGCGCUGCAUUGCGAUCUGCAGCGGCACGAGGUUACUUCAUCCCCGCGAGCCUGGAGAACUGGUUCUCGAGACCUGAACCCUUGGAGAGCGUCUUCUAUGCAUAUCGAUUGACGGGAGAUCAACAAUGGGCGGAUGCCAAUUGGAAGAUUUUCCAGGCCAUUAACACGACUGCCAGAACGCCAGAAGCAUUCGCUGCUGUGAACAAUGUGGACAUGCCUUAUGGUGGUGCUAUGAGCGACAAUCUCGACAGCUUCUUCUUUGCAGAAGUGCUCAAAUAUCUCUAUCUCACCUUCACGGAUCCCAGUGUCGUGGACCUGUCGGCAUGGGUCUUUAACACGGAAGCCCAUCCUCUGCGAGCUCUUUGCGCUGAAGACGACGUGAAACCUUCCACAGGGCUGGGGAGACGUCAGGAUGGCGGCUAUGAGCAGUAG